UGAAUUCAAGCUAUUGACAAAACCACACAUUCUCUUGCAUGCCAUUCAUGGAUCUCUCUUUCUUCUUCUUCACUUGUUUCUCAAUACUCCAAAUACCCUUCUUUUCCGCAGCAACACUCCACAAAACAGCUCUCUUUAGACCAAAAUUCACUACUCAACAAGACCUUUCUCCCAAGAAUGACACUCCCACAACCUACUUUGAAGUCACAAAUCCUUGAAAAUUACCAAAAACCCAAUCGUGCUCCAACUUAAUCCUCAAACAUGACUUUGCCUACACAUAUGGGAAACCACCAAUUCUCACAAAUUGCACACACCCCUUUAAUUGCCCAUCUAAAAAGUUCUCCAAAAUCAUUCUUGAAUGGAAAGCAAAGAGUAAAGGAAGACAAUUUGAUAGAAUUUUGGGGAUUUGGCUUAGUGGGGUUGAAAUCUUCCGGAGUUGCACUGCAGAGCCAAGGCAAAAUGAAAUUAUUUGGACUGUCAAGAAGGAUAUUACUAGAUAUUAUUCUUUGCUUAUGACCAAUCAAACUCUUGCUGUUUAUAUUGGAAACAUUGUUGAUUGUAAAUAUACUGGGGUUUACCAUGUGGAAAUUUUUGUUCAUUUUUAUCCUACUGAAAAACAAUCGAUUUCGGGUAAUUCCUUCAAGGGAUUUGAAUGUGGGAGUGAUUUAAUCGUAACCAUUUCGCGAAAUUUGCCAUUGAAUGAUGGUUUGUGGUUUGAGAUUGAGAAUUCUACAGAUGUACAGUCAAAAGAAUUCAAAAUACCACAAAAUGCAUACAGGGCUGUAUUGGAAAUUUAUGUGUCAUUCCAUGAGAAUGAUGAAUUUUGGUAUGGAAAUUUGCCAAAUGAUUAUAUUACUGCAAAUAAUCGUACUGAUAUCGUGGGGAAUGGUGCUUUUAGAGAGGUGAUAGUAAAUUUGGAUGAUGUUGUAGUUGGUGCAGUUUGGUCUUUUACUGUGAUUUAUACUGGUGGUAUCAAUCCUCUAUUGAGGAGACCUAUAAGUGGAAUUGUCUCAUUUGAUCUUCCUUCAUAUGAUAUUGAAAUUACGCCGUUGUUAGGGAAGAUCUUAGAUGGAAGUUCUCAUAAUAUUUCAUUUAGUGACACAAAUGCUUUGAAUGUGUUAAAUUUGCAUCUUUGGUUGGAUAAAAAGAGUGCAAAAACAGAAGGGAAGUUGUUGGAGUAUAGUAGUUUUUUUACUGGUCUUGAUGGAUCCUUUGUGUUAAAUGCUUGUAGAUCGAUCUCAUUGACUAGAUGGGUAAAAUCAUCUUAUGGAACAGUCACGACGAGAUCAUCUCAGAGUUUUAGUUGUAGUAACAACAUGGUAAUGGGAAAUGACGCGAACUUGCAAAUUGUUGAUCAGACUAUUGAGUUUAAUGACACUGUUUAUGCCAAGACGCGGUCUUUUUCUGUUCAAGUUGUUGAGUCCUUUAAAAAGUUUCAGCUUCACAUGUACUCUGAUGGUGUUGAGAUAGGAGAUCAAGGCUGUGCUUCUAUCUCGAAUGUGACUUUGAUAUUCGAUGAAAAGAGGUUGAAGUAUGGAUCCUCAGCCAGCUCAGUUCAUAAUCUGCAGAACGCGCAUGGCUAUAUGCUUUUAAAGGACCAUUCGAUAGACAGUGGACUCGGAAGCACACUACAGACAUACAAAUAUAACAACGAUAAAGGCUGCUACUCCAGGAACAUAAGCAGCUCAAAUUAUACAGUGCUUUAUGACAAGGUGAUCAAUAGUUGCAGCAAAUUGAUCGAUUCUGCAUCAUAGCUUCUAAGUAUCAUGCAAAUGCAGUGCCCCAACGGAUUCAGAAGUUGAAGUUUAUGGGUUCCUAUAGCGAUAUAGAGUCAAUUCAAAAUCAAAUAUUUAUUGCUAUCAAGUGAAUUUCUUUGAUAGAAAUACAGGGUUCAGGCAAAAGCUACUGAGUUAGACCUGAAUCCGUAGCUUUAAGUCUACAUCUGCCCCCUGCCUAAGAGUCGCAAAGACAUAAACAUGCAAAUGAACUAGGCGAUUGUUACUAUUCAUGGAAUUGUUUGAGA